ACAUCAUUGGAUACUAAAGUAUAAAUAGGGAAGCCUGUAACCUGACGGUUAAUUAUAAAGCAAAAUAACUGUGAUUAAAUUAUUUCUACAACGCAAAAGCAAAUUGUAAAUUUCAAUUGUCUUAAGUAGUCAUUGUGCGAAGGUCCUGAUUAGGUGCUGAAAACAACAACAAAAAGAAAACAAAGCACGAUUGUCUAUAGACUGUUUGUAACGAAAUUUAACGAAUAGCGUUAAUCUAUUAUAUGGCGUGCGCAAAUUGGUGUGCCCCUUUUCUACUGCACCCUCCGUCAUUCAUGAUCGCAUAAUUACAUGGAUGUAUACGAGCAGUGCGUUUUUCAUUUUAGUUUAUAGAGGAUAUUUAAAUUCCUUAAGAUAAGUAUUAUAUGUGUUUUAUGGAAAAGUACAAUUAUGUACGUACAUAUAUGUUUGUAAUGUAUAUAUAUAUAUGUAUAUAGAAUUUUACAAAUAUCUAUAUACAUGUGCGUGCAUUUGAGUGAAAGCAUUUGUAACCUAAUUACAAUAGUGGCUAUUGUUUUGCUCUGCAUCAAACAGAACAAAUAUUUGUAAUUCGUGGAGCAUAAAAAGCUUAUAUUUCCUGUUUUUGCCGGUGUUUUUUUCGCGGCUCGCAGCAACGGUAGUUCAUAAACCCUGUUGCAGUGUUUCUAUAAGAGUACGUUUUGAGCAAAAUGCCGCCAGCGCUUAUCGGAAUCGCCGAGUUCGUGGAAGAAACUCGAGAUGAUUACAAUUCACCAACAACUUCAACAUUUGCGUCUCGGAUGCCAGAUUGUCGACAAACAAUAUCUGUUCUGGAAGAGCGUUUGGAAUUCGAUCGUGAAGGAUUGGCAAAAUUAAAAAAGGCUGUCAAGGCUAUAUACAAUUCGGGAAAUACUCAUGUGGAUAACGAAAUGUUUUUAGUACGUGCUCUCGAACGUUUGGGCAGCAAAGUAAUGGAUCAAGAUGAACCAGAUAUUGGAGCAGCUUUUUUAAAAUUUUCAGUGGUGACUAAAGAAUUGAGCGCGUUAAUGAAAACAUUGAUGCAGAAUAUCAACAAUAUUGUCAUGUUUCCAGUGGAUUCUAUCUUGAAAAGCGAAUUGCGCGGUGUGAAGGGGGAAAUGAAACGUCCUUUUGAUAAAGCGGCCAAAGACUAUGAGGCUAAAUUUAUAAAAAUUGAAAAAGAAAAAAAGGCUCAGGCCAAAGAGGCUGGCAUGGUACGCACGGAGAUUGAUGCUGCUGUGGUAGCUGAUGAAAUGGAAAAAGAAAGGCGUUUGUAUCAAUUGCAAACAUGCGAGUAUUUACUAAAAUAUAAGGAAAUCAAAACUAAAACUGGCAUUGAAUUGCUGCAACAUUUUAUUGAGUACUAUCACGCUUUGAAUAAUUAUUUCAAAGACGGCCUGCAAACAAUAGAACAUUUCGGCACUUAUAUCAGUGAUUUGAGUGAAAAGUUGCAAAAAAUUAAGCAGCGCCAAGAAGAGGAUCGUCGUAGUCUCCUGGAGUUGCGAACUUUGUUGCGUAGCGCUCCAGAUUUUGAGAGGAUAGAUAAUCUGCCAGUUACCGAUAAAGGCGGAGGAGGCGGGAGUGGUAGCUGCGGCUUAGGAUCGGGCGGAGCUGGUAGUUUAGGUUACUCUUUGCAUCAACUACAAGGCGACAAACAUCACGGCGUUACACGCUCAGGGCAUUUGUUAAAAAAAAGUGAAGGUAAAGUACGCAGAGUAUGGCAAAAGCGACGUUGUCGUGUUACCGCUGAUGGGUUUCUGGAUAUAUGUCAUGCCGACGAAUCUAAACCUCCAACACGUGUUAAUUUGCUAACAUGUCAGAUAAAACCUGUACCGGAUGAUAAACGGGGCUUUGAUUUAAUCAGCUAUAAUCGUCCAUACCAUUUCCAAGCAGAAGACGAGGCAGAUCAAAGAGCUUGGAUGGCUGUAUUAGUAAAUUGUAAAGAAAAAGCUUUGGCAAAAGCAUUCCAACACGAAAAUCCACAAAUGAGUCCCAGUUUGGUAGAGUUACAAAAGACUGUUAUCAGAUACGUCCAAUUAUUGCCGGGUAACGAUCAAUGUUGCGACUGUGGUUCCCGUAACGAUGUCACUUGGAUAAGCUUAAAUUUUGGUAUUUUAGUAUGUAUACAAUGUUCGGGUGUACAUCGCGAUCUCGGAGUUCAUCAUUCACGCAUACAAAGUCUAACGCUAGAUAACUUGACAACCGCUAAUCUCCUGAUCGCACGAGCAAUGGGAAAUCAUGCUCUAAAUGAGAUAAUGGAGGCAACCUUGGGCAAAGGCAAAUUAGCACCAGAUAGUACAAUGGAACAACGCUACGACUUUAUACGUGCCAAGUAUGUAGCAAAACGUUAUGUAAUGCGCACCUGUGCUGAUGAGAAUGAUUUGCGCUGUGAUUUGGAGCAGGCCAUUGUUAAUGCUGAUCUAAGUCAAUUAUUGCAGGUUUGGGCAGAGGGAGCUGAUUUUACAUGUUGUUUACCCUCGUGGGACGAUGGCGAAACCGCCUUGCAUUUGGCUGUGCUACGAGAGAUGGGUUCAACGUUGCACAUUGUCGAUUUUUUAAUACAAAAUAUGCCACCAAAGGGCCUUAACAAAGCCACAAAUCCGCCCAGUAUAUUGAAUAUGAGUGGCAAAAAUACCGGUUUGCAUUUGUGUGCUUUACACGAUCGACGAGAGUGCAUGAAACUGUUAUUGCGUUCGGGAGCCGACUAUGAGAUACGUAACUCCCAGAAUAAAAAUGCAAUAGAUAUUGCCAAAGAAAUGGGGCAUAAUAUGUGCAAAGAAUUGAUUGAGUGUGCCAUGAGACGUGAGAAAAGUGCUUUCGAUCAUAUACAAACAGAUUGGAAUUUGCCUAACGAAGAUGGUUCGACCGAUUUUUCGGAUGAUGAUACUGUUAUCGACGAACGCAAAUCGCGUUCGCGGCCCCCUAGUUUUGCCGGUGGUGAUUCUCCAGUUUUACGUUCACGUUCAUCAACAUGUGAUUCAAUACAAAGUAGUUCUAGUCCAAUAGCCAAUUGUCCCAGCCGUCAAUUCACUUUGCCUAUGUAUCAACAAUCGGCCGGCACCUCACCCAAACAACAAAUGUCAUUGGUUCAAUAUUUAGGUAGCGCUGGUAAUGUGAAUAUGAUUUCCUCAGGUAGCGUAACUGGAGCUGGUGGCGGUUCCAGUCCUAGUUCAGCCUCCAGUCAAAGUGGGCGGGUAGCAGCACGCUGCAAUAAUGAAUUCGGUACUGGUGCCCGUAAAUCUACUUCAGCCGUCAAUAUGAAUUCAUUAAAAAAGCGUACAGCUCCAGCCCCUCCACCGGGCCCCAAUUCAGCCACAACCUCUAGUUUCUAUGGUACUCUACCGCAUCCACCGCGUCAUUCACAAACGUACGAUUCGAAUGAUGUAAGAACGCACAAUAACAAAAAUCACUCAAUGGACGCUUCAUAUGGAACCUUACCGCAUUUGCGCUCUGUAGACAGUAGCCCGCGUAUAAUACAUAAUAGCGCAACUGCAUCAGGACACCAAGUCGGAUUUUAUGAACGAUACGAUAAAUUGAUAUCACAAGACCCAGGUGGGCCGUCUUGUCACAUAAUACCAGCCAUGACAACAUUCGGCCAUAAGCGCUCACCCAGUGGUGAAUCAUUGAAUCGUAACUUACAUUUGGCUGGAGCAAAAUUGGUGUUACCAACAAGUGGGGAAAUGCCGAUGUUAAAACAUGUAGAUAAAUCUUGUUUAAUUCGGCCGAAAAUCCCACCACCAGGACCACCGUCAGCAGAACGUGAAAUUGCUAAUGGUCAAUCAAACAAAGUUUUCACGUCGGCCGAUGAAGGCCCUGUAGCACCGCCUCGUAAGCGCAAAUAUUCCAGAAUAAUGAAAUUAUCACAGCCUAGUGAAGAAACGUUAAUGAAUCAACCAAAAAAUUAUUCAGACGUUGAAGCAUGGCAAGAGGACACGAUUUCGUCUGGUCGUAUUAUAGAUAACAUUGGUGAAUCAAUAUCAUCGAGUGAUAAUGAUCAUGCCCUUUCAUCAACUGAUAAUACCUUAAAGUUGUUCAACACAACUAGCAAUAUAACCAAAUGUAAUAAUUCUGGCCAUCGCCGCUGUCGUGCUUUAUACGAUUGUUCGGCUGAUAAUGAUGACGAGUUGGAAUUUAAAGAGGGUGAAAUAUUAAUAGUACUCAAUGAACGUACAGAUGAUGAAAAUUGGAUGGAAGGUAUUAUUGAAGGUGAUCCUACUCGGCAUGGUAUGUUCCCGGUUAGCUUUGUACACAUGUUACCAGAUUAAUGGAAAGCCAUAAAAAUAACGAAAACAUGCUAAGUUGUUUACAAGAAAAUAAAAUGUCUAAAAAAGUUGCGGAUAGCGCUAUUAUAAUCAAUUAGAAGAAAGACGAAAACUAUUUUAAAAAAUGUAGAAAUCUAAAUUUCUCAGCUUGCCUUCCUUUUGUUCAGGAUUGUACAAUUUUUGAAAAAUAAUCUGUGUUGUAUUUUUUACCUCAUAAGGUUUUCACAUUUAAAUUUUGAACUUAAAAUUUUUUUUUUUUUAUUUUAUUUACGUACUACAUAAAGGCAAAAUUAGAAACUUUGGAAAGUGUUGAAAAAUUUUGAGAAUUAUCUCAAGCUAUCAUAUA